CAGGGCGGGCGGAGGGGGGUGCGGGCGAGGGGGAGGAAGGAGACGGAGAAGGAGGCGGGGGGGGCGGUUUAAAGAGACAAGAGCCGAGCGGGCGGCCGGCUGGGGGAGCAGGAGCGGCGGCGGGCGGGGACUCGCCCCCUUCCCCACACACGCUCGCUCACACCGCGGCCAGGGUCGCCGCCGCCAGCGCCCCCCACCUUCCCCCCCCUCCCUCCUUACCCCCCCCCCUUCUCCGCCUUCUCCUCCCCUUCCCCUCCGCCCGCCGACUCCAGAGCGGCCUCUAUGAGGUGGAGAACUGGAAGCAGAACCUGCGGGCGAUUUACCAGUGCUUCGUGUGGAGCGGCUCGGCCGAGACCAGGAAGCGCAAGGCAAAGUCGUGCAUUUGUCAUAUGUGUGGUGCCCACCUGAACAGACUCCACUCUUGCCUCUACUGUGUCUUCUUUGGCUGUUUUACCAAGAAACAUAUUCACGAGCACGCAAAGACAAAGCGACACAAUUUAGCCAUAGACCUUUUGUAUGGGGGUAUAUACUGCUUUAUGUGUCAAGAUUACAUAUACGACAAAGACAUGGAACAAAUUGCCAAAGAAGAACAACGAAAAGCUUGGAAAUUACAAGCCUUCACCCCAACAGUGGUUUCUCACUACCAGUGUACAAUGACAGGCAUUGGAGAGAAGUAUUCAACCUGGGAGCCAACCAAGCGGGAGUUAGAAUUGCUACGACACAACCCCAAGCGGAGAAAAAUCACCACAAACUGCACCAUAGGUCUACGAGGGCUAAUCAAUCUUGGGAACACAUGUUUUAUGAACUGUAUUGUCCAGGCACUUACCCACACUCCACUGCUGCGAGAUUUCUUCCUCUCCGACAGGCACAAAUGUGAAAUGCAAAGUCCCAGCUCAUGUCUGGUCUGUGAAAUGUCUACGCUUUUUCAGGAGUUUUACUCUGGGCACCGAUCUCCUCACAUUCCAUAUAGGUUAUUGCACCUGGUAUGGACUCAUGCACGGCAUUUAGCAGGGUACGAGCAACAAGAUGCACACGAGUUCCUCAUUGCUGCAUUAGAUGUGCUACACAGACACUGCAAAGACUCUUCUAUCAAGAACAAGUGCAAAGCAUACCUCAGUCUUCGUGUGAGAUCCUUCAGGAGUUCCAGGGCUCUCCAUUUCUUAGAGAAAUGUGAUGAUAAUGGGAAGAAGGCCAACAACCCCAACCACUGUAACUGCAUCAUAGACCAAAUCUUCACAGGCGGGCUGCAGUCUGAUGUUACCUGUCAAGUCUGCCAUGGCGUUUCCACAACGAUAGACCCCUUCUGGGACAUCAGUUUGGAUUUGCCAGGCUCCUCCACCCCGUUCUGGCCCCUGAGUCCAGGCAGUGAUGGCAGUGUUGUGAAUGGGGAAAGCCAUGUGUCAGGCACCACCACGCUCACAGACUGCUUGCGAAGGUUUACAAGGCCAGAACAUCUAGGAAGCAGUGCCAAAAUCAAAUGUAGUGGUUGCCAUAGCUACCAGGAAUCUACCAAACAACUCACUAUGAAGAAGUUACCCAUUGUGGCCUGUUUUCAUCUCAAACGGUUUGAACACUCAGCCAAACUGAGGCGAAAGAUCACUACGUACGUCUCCUUCCCACUGGAGCUGGACAUGACACCAUUCAUGGCUUCCAGUAAAGAGAGCAGAAUGAACGGGCAGUACCAGCAGCCGACGGAUAGUCUAAACAAUGAUAAUAAGUAUUCCUUGUUUGCAGUAGUUAAUCACCAGGGAACCUUGGAGAGUGGGCACUAUACCAGCUUUAUCCGGCAGCACAAGGACCAGUGGUUCAAGUGUGAUGAUGCCAUUAUCACCAAGGCUAGCAUUAAGGAUGUGCUAGACAGUGAAGGAUAUUUGCUGUUCUAUCACAAACAGUUCCUGGAGUAUGAAUAGCCUUAUCCAGCAGCUUGUCAGAAAUAAACAAGGAAGAAAAUAAGCAAGCCUUCUGAAUCGACACACAAACCUACCUGAAAUGAAAAGACCCUUUAAAAACCAACUAGCACUGAGCUGUAACAGGACCUACUUGACACUGACUCAAAGCCUGGUGGAGUAAGAAAUGAACAAUGUCCAACGUGUUUGUGGUCCUGCAAGGACAGAAAAGGGGCAAAAAAGAGGCUGCAGUCAGUCACUUACCAGAGGAAAUAUAAAAUGAAAGGAAUGCUCUGGGUGGGGGAAAUGGGAGCAGAGGAGUCCGGGCGCUGGUACAUCUCCUGAGUUUCUCCAAAAUGUGUGUGGGAAGGCAAGGGGUGAUACCCUCAUCUCCAUAAAGCAUCUUCUCCAUUUGGUGCUUCAGCUCCAAUGACCAAUCAUAUAACAGUUACAAUUAAAAAACAAAACAAAAAAAAAAUCCAAGCCCAUUUUUUUAUGCAUAUGGGUCUGAAAGCAGUAGAGUGGAGGAGGAGGGGAUGACACAACUAAAGGACUUUGCAAGUAUCUUUUUAUUUGUGAAUUUUAGUUAUUAAAUAAAUACAGUAUGAAACUAUUAGGCUCUUUUUUUUCCAACAACCAUGAAAGAAAUCCUGGAUUGUGGAACUGAAGCUACAGUACUGACAGGUUUUCAAGCAUGCCUGCUUGCACAGGUAAUGUUUAAUGCCAUCGGACUGCUCAUCAAAAGCAUCAGCACAGAUUCUUUUCUGUUUGAGCCCUUUUUUUUGUUUUGUUUUCUAUAAAUAGCUAUUUUCUUAAUUUUUUUUCCUUUUAUUCCUUUUUUUUCACGAGAAUGAAACUCAUAAAUGCAACCAUCAGUAAAAAUGAAUGAAUUGGUGUGUUUAUACUG